AUGGCGACCGCGGGCGCAGGGGCGCGAGUGCGCAAGCGCGCGCUGCGACGCCGGCCUCGGCUCCGCGCAGCUGCGGGGCUCGAGGCGAGACGCCGAGCGCCGCGCGGGGGUCGAGCGGGGCCGGAGCGGGGGCGGCCGCCGGCUUCUCGGCCCGGCAGCGCGGGGCAGGCGGCCCGGGUGGGCCGAGCCGGCGCCUGGCGAGCGGCCCGUCGUGGGCCGGAGCUGCCAGAUCCCAGCCCGGCGGCCGCCAGCCGGGCCCGGGGCGGGCGGAGCGCGGUUUCCGGUCGCAGGACACGUAGGUGCCAGGUGGUCGCGACCAUGGCCAUGAACCUCCUGGAGGACUGGUGCCGGGGGAUGGAAGUGGACAUCCACAGGUCCCUGUUGGUCACGGGCAUCCCGGAGGACUGUGGUCAAGCAGAAAUCGAGGAGACUUUAAAUGGGGUCCUCUCCCCGCUGGGCCCAUACUUCGUGCUCAAUAAGAUUUUUCUGAGGGAAGAGAAUGCCAAAGCUGCCCUGAUUGAGGUCGGAGAGGGUGUGAAUCUCAGGGCCAUACCCCGCGAAUUCCCAGGAAGGGGGGGCGUCUGGAGAGUGGUUUGUAGAGACCCCACCCAGGAUGCUGAGUUUUUAAAAAAUCUGAAUGAAUUCCUGGAUGCGGAGGGGCGCACCUGGGAGGAUGUGGUCCGCCUACUCCAGCUUGGCCACUCCCCACGCCCCCAGAAUCAGCCCCGAGAGAACUGGGCAGAAGCUCUGGGGGUGCUCCUGGGGGCAGUGGUGCAAAUCAUCAUCUACAUGGAUGCGGAGAUCCGCAGCCGCGAGGAAGCUAGGGUGCAAGAAGUGGCUGAUGCCCAGGCAGUGGCAACCUCAGCCUCAGCAGCACGGAGGAAGAUCAAGAAGGAGCCAGGGCGGGCUGCAGAAGUAGGUUCUGCUUUGAAGAUCGAGAAUCCUGACUGCUGGCAUGACCCGGGAGAUGAAGGGGACCCUCCCAAACCUGUGGUUCUCAGAGCUGGAGCUAAAAAUCGCUCCAGGAGAAAGAAGCAGAGAAAAAACCCAAAGCAGGAAUCAGUGCCUUGGAAGAAGCCCAAAGGCCAGCAUUCCAACAGCUCAGGCUCCUUGGAGGAUCUUGAGGCUGAUGGUGCUGAAGAUAUGGAGGUCUCAGAAUAUAUCAGGAGCAAAAAAAAGCCGUGUGUGAAGCAGGAGGAGUCAGCUUUGAAGAAGCCUAUGGCAAAAUGUGCCUGGAAGGCUCCCAGUACCCCAUCCCACGAUCCCCCGUCAGAAGCUGUGAGUCCUGGGGUUGCUUUGGAGUCAGACCAAGAUGGCGGUCAGGAGGGCCCCCCAAAGAAGAAAGCCAUGAGCUGGGCCUUGGCAAAGAGUUCUGCCCCCAUGAGAAAGAAGAAGAAGGUGAGCUUGGGCCCUGUUUCAUACGUCCUUGUUGAUUCAGAAGAUGCCAAGAAGAAGCCAGCGAUCGCAAAGAAAGGGCCAGGCUCAAGAAGAGAUGCCUCCGUUCGGAAAGCCCUCCGAGGCCCCCAGCCUGAGGGAUUGCCAGCCUCAACGUCUCAGGGCCCAAAGGCCAAGCCAGAAGGCUCUCCUCCUGCCUCUAGUGGUCAGAAUGGCAACAGAAGUCAUUUGGGUUGUGCCAGCAAGUGGAUGAGUGGGGAAGAGCAGGAGCAGCAGGUGGGCAUAGAGGCACUCGGGGGCAUGGCAGGUCAGGUGGUGCGUGAGGAGGAUCCCAGUGCAGCGGAGGAGGCAGAUGACACACCAGCUGAGGCUUCAGAGGGCGAGAGCCCUGACCUCCCUCCUAGGAGCCCCUGAAGGCCAAUCCUGGGGACACCCAAGGGCAAAGUGAACCCCCCACCUCUUGUUUGUUGGUCUGCAGAAGGUGUUUUCUGCCAUCUGUUUGCAUACAGCCAAACUCCUUAGAAGUGUGGCUGAUGACAAAGGUUGGAAGCGGGAGACACUGCGUCCUGCGCAUGCCCUGUAACGUAACGCUCUGGAAGAAGUUUCCCUUUGUAAUUCACAUGCUCUAAUUCUGCGGUGAGUCUCAGCUUUAUGAUAGCACGUCAGCGUAUUCACAAGGCGCUGAAUAAUAGUAUUGUCAUUCAGAGUUUUAGCCCUUUAUGUGUCUGGGGGCGGCUCUCUUCUGACUUCAGUUUUUGUGUCUGAGAACGUGAACAGUUGUUAGAUGUUGUUACCAGUUCUGCCUUGAAAAUAAACAUCUUGCAUCAAUUGAUUUCAAAAACCUGGAUGAGUCUUCACUGAAGAUGGAGGAAAGAAAGAAACAGGUUUCCGUUUGCAGCUAUUCCUCCACAUGUGUGUGCAUCGAGGUUUUUCUUGGGUUUGCGCAAAACAAAACACAGCACACUGGACUCUUCAAGAUGAGGAAAGCCUGGGAUUCCCCAGCACCCAGGUUCAAAAUCAGGUCGUUAAGACUUCAUUGUGUUAACAGAUGGUCACCGUGAUGGGUAAUUGUAAACAUAUAUGUUACAAAAUAAAAUAUCAACUCUC